CUGUUCAGGUACGUAAGACCGAUACAGCUGAAAACAAAACCGUAUGGCUGCAAUUCAGUAACCGCAACUGGAGAAUGUCGAUUUUACCGCGUCGAACUCUUAACGGUAAACGUUGAGAUGGGAUAUUGCCGGACUGUCAGUCCACUUGGUUGUGAUGACGAGGAUGAUGAUGAUGAUGUUAGUGUUGAUGAUGAUGUCGGUGUUGGUGAUGGUGAUGGUGAUGGUGGUGAUGAUGAUGAUAGGGGCGCCAACUAA